AUGGAUCAGGGAAAGCUUAUUGUGAUUUCUCGUUCAGGGGGGAAAUUUACAUUUAGUGAUGAUGGUUCCUUGUCAUAUUGUGUUAUCACAGUUUCUAACUACAAAGACCUGCAACACUUGCUGGAUCUUCAUGGAAACUCGGAAACUGUGGAUAUUUAUGUCUUAACAAAUGAGAAUCAAACAAGCGACCAGUUGUCUACGUCCCACAGUAGGUCUGGAAUGGUGGAUGAGCCCGUGACUCCUACUAGUAUUUCUCAUGCUGCUUCAAUUUCUGGAGACACUAAGCAGCUUGAUUCGUUGGCUUCUCUUACUAGAGAUAUGGACAAUCCAAACAAAUUUUACUCCUGAAGUUCCUAAUGCUAAUGCACUUCAGAAACUUGUUAAAUCAUGGGAGAAUUGUUUAACUGGUCUGGAGCAAUGGUUCAAUAAUGCUCACGAUUUUUGUGUUGCUCUGAAUAAGUUAUCCACAGCUCAUGGAUUUGAUAUACCUUUAAGACUAAUAGGUCUUGGUAUAUAAUCACAAAAUGCAGAGCUGAAGGUUGCCAUUGGACCAUUAAAGAUGCAAGGUUAUCUACCACAAAGUUGUUUCUGAUUGAAAAGAUAUGUGAAACUCAUACAUGCGGUGCAGGAAAAAGUUCAUCUGGGCAUCCCAAGGUUUCUAGUAAAUUGGUCAAGUUUCUUGUGAAGGAAAGAUUACGAGCUCCACCUAAUGCUAAACCAAGGGAAAUUAUUAAUGGAAUAUGGAUUCAAAGCAAGUUAUGCACAUGUGUGGCGCGGACUAGAGUCUACCAAAGAGAAGCCUCAAGUUCCAUAUGAUGAGGGUUACAAUCAGUUACCUAGUCUGUUUAAGCAGAUUGUCGAGAACAAUCCUGGUAGCGUAGCAACUC